GAGGAUGACGAGGGCCACGAGGGCGUCAGCCGGGAGAACCUGGGCCGCAUCCAGUUCAGCGUCGGCUACAACUUCCAGGAGUCCACCCUGACCGUGAAGAUCAUGAAGGCACAGGAGCUGCCGGCCAAGGACUUCAGCGGCACCAGCGACCCCUUCGUCAAGAUCUACCUGCUCCCCGACAAGAAGCACAAGUUGGAGACCAAGGUCAAGAGGAAGAACCUCAACCCGCACUGGAACGAGACCUUCCUCUUCGAAGGGUUCCCCUACGAGAAGGUGGUGCAGCGGGUGCUGUACCUCCAGGUCCUGGACUACGACCGCUUCAGCCGCAAUGAUCCCAUUGGAGAGGUGUCCAUCCCGCUCAACAAGGUGGACCUGACCCAGAUGCAGACCUUCUGGAAGGACCUGAAGCCCUGCAGUGAUGGCAGUGGAAGCCGUGGGGAGCUGCUGCUGUCACUGUGCUACAAUCCCUCAGCCAAUUCCAUCGUGGUGAACAUCAUCAAGGCAAGGAACCUCAAAGCCAUGGACAUCGGGGGCACCUCAGAUCCCUACGUGAAGGUGUGGCUGAUGUACAAGGACAAGCGGGUGGAGAAGAAGAAGACGGUGGUGAUGAAGAGGUGCCUGAACCCCGUCUUCAACGAGUCCUUCGCCUUCGACAUCCCCACGGAGCGGCUGCGCGAGACCACCAUCGUCAUCACCGUCAUGGACAAGGACAGGCUGAGCCGCAAUGACGUCAUCGGCAAGAUUUACCUGUCCUGGAAGAGCGGUCCCGGCGAGGUGAAGCACUGGAAGGACAUGAUCGCCCGCCCGCGGCAGGCGGUGGCACAGUGGCACCAGCUGAAGGCCUGAGCGCCCCCGCUCCGGGGGCUCGGGGUCCCCCUUGCCAGCCCCCGGCCCCUUCCCGCGGCGCUCCCGGCCAGGGACCGGCGGGACAGCGGCCUGGCUGGCGGGAACCCCGCGGGAGGACGGGGACGGAGCCCCCCGAGCCCCGGGUUCGCCUCUCCCUGGGGCGCGGGGCUGCGGAGCCGCCCCCAGCCCCGGCCCAGGAGGUGCCAGAAGCGAUGUCCCCCCAUCCCUAUUCCCACCACCGGGCAGGACUUCUGCGAGUGCUUCCAGCCCCGCUCCCGGAGCCCCUCGGCCCCUCCCCGGCCUCGCCCCCCGCCCCAUUUCAGGGGGUCAGGCUGCGGGUGCAAGAGGGACCCUCCUCCCUCCCCUUUCAGCUCCAUGACACCUCUCGGAGCCGCCAGCGGAGCCACGGAGCCCCCCUGCCCCAGCUCGUCCCCCCGCGCCCCCACACCGAGGGGAGGGGACAGCCCCUUUUCCUGGGAUCGGAAGCCAUGACACAGUUCCUUAUCCAAAGCGGGCUCCUUCGUGCACUGCCUUCAGCCGGGUUCGAUGCUUUACCUCCGUCUCGGGUUUCGGCGGGAGCGGCGGGUCCCCAAGCCGCCCUGGGGACCCCCUGGUCCUGCCCUCCCGCCCAGCCCGGGCUGGAAGGGGCCCCUCGGGGGAAUGCAGAGCUCCACAGGGUCCCCUUCCAGCCGGGCUGAUCCGGGCGCCGGGGCUGCCCCGGGAGCUCCGUGCCCACCCCUGGGGAUAAAGGGUGGAGCGAGCGCUGUUGUCCCUAUCGAGGGCAGGUGACAUUCCCCGGGCUGGUGGCAUUCCUUGGGACAGCCAGCCUGGCAGGAUCAGUGCCAGCAGCAGCAUCCCCGCGGAGCCCUGGGAUGCACACGCCAGACCCCUUCCCACUCCUCUCCCUGGGACCCCCAAAAACAGGGACAGACCCACCUGGGAGCCCCACAGCGGUGACAAGGGGGUCGGUGGUGGCUCUCCGUGGCAGACACCAGAUCAUCCUCAGUCUUCCUGCUCCCCCCGUGGCAACCUUGGCUCCCAGCAGCUCCCACAGCCCCAAUUUAGACGAUUUUGGACAAUCUGGAGAGAAGUCAUAAUACUGCUAUUACAGUAAUAACAACGCUUUUAGGGACAUUUGUAUUUUUGUCAUAUUCUCUCUUUUUUUAACAUAAAAGAAGAGACUUACAUGCCUGGGGAAGAGGUGGCAGGGCCGGGGCUGUGCCAAGCCGGGUGCCCCCCACGGCCCCUCGGGCACCCCGCUUUUCCAGGCUGGAUUCCUCGUCCGCGGUCGGGCUCCCCGGGGGUUUGUGUGUUCAUUUUUAACUCUAGAGCUCGUAGCCGUGAUCUUGUUCAGGUUCUCUCUUCUUCAUGUGACGGUAACAUCCAACUGGUGUGUAAAAUAAAGAAAAACAGGACAAAAAACAAAAAAAAAAGAUUAAAAAAAUGAAAAAAAAAAGAUAAAAAAUCCAAUAAAGAGCCCGGCCCGGCCCGGCCUGGCUGAGGAGCGGCUGGAGCGGGGGGUGCCCGGCUGGCGAUGCCAAGGAUGGGGCGCACGGGUCGGGGCGCCUCCUUUGAAGAAUCCUAUUUUUGGGGAGUGGGGCCCCUCGUUUUCUGGAGGCAGCCCCUGCUCUCAGUAAUAAAGGACAGUCAGUAACUGCCA